AUGGGUGAACAGCAUCGUGCCAUUGGUCGUUUCGGCCUUGUCCUGGCCCUGGUUCUAGUCAUUGCCCAAUCGCCGGCCCUAGCCAACGAACAAUGCAGAAAAGGAUGUGGAAGAAACCAAGGAGUAAUCAAAUUCGCAGUAGGCACCCAAUACAAGUAUAACUACCAUGGCAAAAUCGACAUCAGUGUAUCGAGUGCUGAAGGCCAACUGAUCUCCACCGAAGUCAAAGCCAUCGUCCUCCUGACCCAACUGGCCGACUGCCAACAAGCCAUCCAACUCCAAAAUGUCCAAAUUUUGGGUAACGGCAAGAACUUCGGCCAAAUACCCGACAUCGAGAAGCCCAUCAUCAUCAACAACAAGGACGGCUUGGUGGAGGACAGCAUCUGCACCGAUGCGGCCGACACCCAAAACUCCCUCAACAUCAAACGUGCCAUCGCCUCCGCCUUCCUGGUCAGCCUCCAGAGCGGCCACGAGACCGACGUCUUCGGCCUUUGCCCCGUCGAAGUGUCAUCCAGCCAACAGGGCGCCGAAGUGCUGGUCCAAAAGACCAAGAACCUGAACAAGUGCGCGUACAGAGAGAACAUCAAACAGGACUUCCUGGCCACCACCUUCAACAAGGACAGCGAAAUCAAAUCGAGCCCCAUCCUGAGCGCGGACUACGUCUCCACCCAAAAGUUGAAGGACGGCGUCUUGAUCAGCGCCACCGUCAACGAACAAUACCUAUACAUCCCCUUCUCCGUCGGCAAGAACGGCGCCAAAGCCCAAGUCUUGAGCAAACUGGAACUCACCGGCACCGGCAAGGCCGCCGCAGCCCCCGCAUGCAGCAAACCCAGGACCAUCAUCUUCGACAACCCCCAUCCGGUCACCAUAGCCAAAGGCCCCAAAAACGUCAGGGAUAUAACCGAAGCAGUCAAAGAAGUAGGCAAGACCAUCGACAACACCCUCUCUGAAACCACAGCCAAGGAGUUCAUCAACUUGAUCAAAAUCCUCAGAGUAUCCAACAGCGAGGACAUCUUCACCGCCUACGGCCUCGUCAAGUCGGGAGCUGGCUUCAGCGACAAAGAAGGAGCCAAAAAGAUCUUCAUCGACGCUUUGGUCACAGCCGGAAACGGUGACGCCAUCGAGGUGGCCGUCAAACUGCUGCAGAGCAAGGACCUGACCGAAAGUGAACGCAGAAAAGUAUUCAUUGGGUUGUCUUUGGCCAAACAUGCCUCAGAAGAGUCAUUGACCGCCGUUGCCCAAUUACUCAACCAACAAAUCCCCCGCGAAGCCUACUUGGGCAUUGGAAACCUCGCCGGCAAAUACUGCAGACAACAUGAGUGCAAGGACGUGCCAGCCAUCAAGACCCUCACCAACACCCUCAUCAAAAAACUGGGCGACAACAAGGCCGCCAACAGGAACGAAGAGUCCGACAUGAUCUACAUCCUCAAAGCCUUGGGCAACUUCCACCACAUCAGCGACGAAAUCGUGACCAAGAUCAUUCAAAUCGCCAAGGAUAAGAACGCUUCCAAUAGGUUAAGAGUGGCCGCUUUGGAAACCUUCUUGAGCGACCCCUGCCAGGACAAGCUCAGGAACGUAGCCUUGAAUGUGUUGAAAGACGUCCAACAAGACAGCGAAAUCAGAAUUAAAGCUUAUUUGGCCGCUGUGCAAUGUCCAAACGCCAAAAUUGGCAGCGAAAUCAAAGCCCUCCUAGAUGUUGAACCAAGCUAUCAAGUUGGUGGAUUCAUCGUCUCUCACAUCAGGAACCUCAGAGCGUCCGCUAAUCCGGACAAACAGCUCCAAAAGCAAUACCUGAACUUCAUCAGCCUGCCCCAGAAGUUCCCCGUCGACUUCAGGAAGUGGUCGUACAACGGCGAGUUCAGCUACUCCUUCGACACCUUGGGAAUCGCUUCAGCAUCCGAAACCAACGUCAUCUACUCGCAGGACUCCUGGCUGCCCAGAUCCACCAGUCUCAAUCUGACGGCCGAAAUUUUCGGUCACAACGUCAACUUCUUGGAAAUCGAGACCAGACAAGAGAACUUGGACAGACUUAUCGGACGCUACUUCGGACCCAAAGGACUUUUGAGGAACAAAGACUUGCAAGGACUGUGGAAGGAGGGCGAAGCCCCGUUGAAGAACUUCUACGCUAAUAUCAAGCAGAAGCUCGACAAGUCGUUGAGAGCACGCCGAGAUGUUUCCGCAGCUGAAAUCCAAAAGAUUUCCAAAGAAGUCACCAUUAAAGAAAACUCUUUGGACAAGGACUUUGAUUUGGACCUGUCCGUUAAGGCUUUCGGCUCCGAAUUGCUCUUCAUCAACAUCAACGAUGACGUGAAGAAAUACACUCCCGAAGACAUCGUAGACAGGAUUGUAACUGAGUUCACCAAGGGUCUGGAUAACUUGAAGAAGUUUGAGGACACCCUCCGCUCCAACUUGAUCUUCUUGGACGCCGAAUUCGAUUACCCCACAUCUUUAGGUUUCCCCCUUAGGUUGGCACUUGAAGGUGCUGCCAACGUCCAACUGAAAACCAAGGGUAGCAUUGACGUACGUGCCCUGAUCAACCGCAACAAAGACACCAUCGUUGAACUGUCCCUUCUCCCAAGUGCCAACGUUGAAAUUAGUGGUCGCCUUACCUUGGACGCCCUCGUGGUCGAAAACGGUUUGAAGGUCGCCUCAAAUCUCCACACAGCUUUGGGAGGAGACAUCAAGGUUUCAUUGACCAGCAACGGCGAUGAAAUUGAAGUCAAAUACAACAUGCCCGUUGAAAAACAAACCCUGAUCAGUGCCAACCACGAAAUUGUGGCCCACACCAGAGAACAAGGUUUACGUGAGGUCAACAAACCAUUGAAAUUCGCUCAAAACAAAGACUUCUCCAUCUGCGUUGACCACUUGAAGGACUACAUCGGCUUGGAAUUCUGCGGUGAAUACAGUGGACCAAAUCUCUCUGGCAAACAAGUACCAAUUUUGCCUUUCCCAUUGGCUGGAGACGGUAGCGUCAAAGUGGAAAUCCUCAGUGAAGACCUCAAGGAAUAUUUCUUCCGCCAAGUGAUUUCCCAAAGAAAGGGUGGAGAAAUUGAACUUUCAACUGUUGGAAAGAAUGGUCAGAAGAAGGCUAAAGUCCAUCUAUUGGCACAGCUACAUCCAGAAAAGAUCAUUAAGGCUGAAUUCGUUAGCCCCAAGUUCUCCGCAUUGGCUGAAGCUAAAGUUACUAUUAACAGCAACGAAAGGUCCCUCUUGGGUCGCGUUAAGUACGCCAACAACGAAAUUUAUGCCAAAGUGGGUGUUUCCGUUUCUGGUACUCCAUCUAAAGCCGUGUACAAGCCCAUCUUGGAAUACAAAGCACCUGGUGGCGGUCUUCAACAAAUAAAGAGCAUCGAAGGGCAAAUUAUUGCUGAAGAAAACGGUCUAAUGACCAAAUACACCUUCGACAACUUGAAACUGAUUUUGCCACAACAGAACAAGUUCAUCCAACUGAAGGGAGAUAUGGGCAAAGAAGAUAAGUCCCUGUUUGCAAACAUUGACAUCAGUGAUGGAACCCAAUUUGCUGCCCUAAAUGGUCGUGUCCAAGCUGCCGAUGAUCUGAUCAAAAUCAACGCCGAAUUGAAGAACUCCUUCAACCCCAACGCCAACGUCAAAGUCCAAGGUGAAUUUAAACGAGGCUCCAAGUUGGAAAGUCACAUCACCAUCAACCACGGCGCCGAUUUGAGUUCCAAGCAAAACAUCCUGACCAUCAGCAACAGCUUCCUAAACAACGUCAAGUCUCCCCAGGAAUUCGAAAUCGCCACCAAAAACCAAGUGACAUACCCAGCCUUAAACCUGGACGUGAAACUCGACUUCGAAUACAAACCGAAGAACUUGGAAGCUGAAACCCGCUUCCGUUAUUUGGAAAUCGACGUAGGAUCUGAGAUUGAAGCCGAAAUCGACGAGAAGGAGAAGGGCGACUACAAAUUGGAGGUCGACGUGUGGGGACUGGACAACAAGCUGGAACUGAAGUCUAGCAGGAAAAUUUCCGGACAUGACUGCAACAUUGCCAACUCCUUGAUUGUUAACGGCAAGAAGUUCGAGCUCAAGGGAAAAGUGAAGCACAUUUUCAAGCCUCAGAACAUCGAUUUUGCUGCAGAUUUAACUCUGGUAUUGCCCACACAUCCAGCUCCAUUCAAAAUUACUAGUGUGUUGAAGAGUGAUCCUAAUUCACUUGAUGCCUCAGAGAAGAUCCUUGAAGGCAGCAACGUUGUCGUGGACUUCUUCUUGAAGGCUAACAAAAAUGGAAACGCCAACGGUAACAUUAAGGUCAACCUUAAAAAUCUUUUAACCAUCAAUGGCCAACUGAAGGCUAACAAAGGCCAAGGAAAUGGAGAUAUCUUAAUUGAUGUCCUGACUGUCAAGAAGCAAGUGAAAGCUGAAACCACCUUUACUGUCCAAGCUCCAAAGACCUACAAUGUUGUUUUGACCCUCUACCCAGUUUUCAAUCAAGAUAAAAAUAAGAAGAUUGUUCUCUCCACUCAAAACGCCGUGACACAAACCAGUCUUGACUCCAAAAACGCUGUUGAGUUGAGUGGACACAAAUUUGUAGUCAAUCUUAAAGGAACCAAAACUGGACAAUGGAACAACGGAAAGCUUAACGGAGAAGUUGAAGUUAUCUAUCCAAAUGGUCAAUACACCCUUGUUAAGUACAACAGAGACAUGAAGCUGGCUAACGGUCUUCUUAACGGCAACGUCCAAUUGAGCGCCGAACAAAGGAAGAACAAAAACACAGCUGGUCACAAACUCACCGCCCACGCCGUCGUUAAGAACACAAACCUGAACGAAAACCUGUACGACUUGGAAUACAAAUUAUCCGCUGACGACUCCAACGGAAAGAACUUGAACGCAGACGUUGGCAUGAAGAGACAGAAAGUCGGCGACAACGACAAAGUGGAAAUGAGACUCAAAGCCUACGGUUCCAUCUUGAAGAACACAUUGGAAACCAUAGUUUCCGGUAACUGCAACAAAGGCAUUGGCGACUUCCAAGCCAGAACCACGUACGGACCCAACGAACAAUACUCUCUCCAAGGACAAUACCAACUGGUGGAAGACAAGCCAAAGAAAUUCAGCUGGGACAUCGACGUCAAAGCACCAAACCUCAUCCUCAAAGCCCUCAAGUCCACGGCGUCCGUUUCACUCAAGUGCCCACACACCGAAACCGAUUCCCACGAAUACCAAGGCGCCUUCAAGAUCUUCGCCGAGACUGCAAACUCACCCGAACCCAUAAUCGACAUGGCCUACGAAGGCAACCUUAGAGCCACCGACAAAGAAGGACAACUCAGCAGUUCCCUCAAGUACGGCAAGAAACACCCAAUCAUUGUGGCUGCCGGAUACUCCAAACAAGAAGGCCAGGACACCAAACAAGUAAACGUUAACGGUGCCAUUCAGUACGAACAAAACAAGAAUUUGAAGAUGGACAUUGCGUUGAACAAGAAGGCUGGCCAUGAAUACAACUUGGUUGUACAAUUGGACACUCCCGUUGAAGGUCACAAGAGCAACAAGUUGGUCGUAAAUGGUAAACGUGCUGACAGACGCUUCAUCAGCAACGCCGAAUUGGUGUCUGACGGUCAAAAAUGGGUUUUGGACUACGUUGUGUCUGAAGGCCAAACCAACGAGGUGAACAUCAAGCUCCGUUGCCCAGACAACAAACUCACCGAACUGUACAUCAACCACAAUGUCAUUUCUGAGAGACAAUUCGAGCAAGCUUUUAAAUUCGUCUGCGAACACAAGAACUUCGUCUUCGAGUCCAACUCCAAGUUCGUUGCUGAGAAGGCUGAUGACUUCCUCCUCAAGGGAUCCCUCAACUCACCCGCCUUGAAACUGAACAAAAUCGACUAUGAAAUUAAAACCAAGCCAAACACCAACGGAAGACAAGUGGCUGUUGAUGUCAAAUCCGGCGGCAAGAACUUGUUGAGUGGAGACGCCAACUACCAAGUGAAGCAAGAAGGUGGCAAGACCAUUGUCGAGGGUUCGGGAAGCUUCAAAGUUAAAGAACAAACCAAGAGUGGCAACUUCAAGUUCAUCGAACAAAAACUGACCCAAGAAAAGAACCAAGAGCAAGGUGUUGAUGUAUCAUUCGAUGCUAGCUUAGGAAACAAGGCCAUCGACGCUGAAUUCAAACUGACCAACAAACAAUUCAGAAUCUUGAACACCUAUUGUGAAGACAAAAAGGAGUGCGCCCACAUUGAAGUAGACGCCAAGUCAUCCUCCAACGGAAUCCAACAAUACAACGAAGAAUUGGAAAUCACUGUUGACCUGCGCAAACUGGGAUUCCCUCAUGAAUUCGGUCUUAAGUCUGUGACCAACAGGAACGGCUGGAUCAUUGAUCACACCGUGGAUGUCCACUUCCAAAGCAAAGACAAGAACAAGUACCAGUACAGCUUGUACGUACACCCCAAGAAGGCCGGAUGGAGUUUGACCACGCCUAAGAGGAUCGUCUUUUUGGAAGCCGUCUCAGAGUACCCAAGCACACUCAGCAAAGAUGGUGGAAAGGUGUCAUUAGACAUUGUCUUCUACUUGGACAAAAAGAAUCAACCCAACAAGAAAAUUGCCUUGAACUCGUGGGCUCAAGUCAGCGCACCAUCCAGAAUCCUGGAAGGAGAAAUCAAGUUCUCCCACCCAUUGUUGAACAGACCUCUAUCUGCCUCCCUGAAGACAACCAGCCAAGGCCAACAAGGUAACCGCAACGUGAAAGUUGUAGGGGAGUUGGACAUUUUCGCACAACCCGCCCAGAAAUUGGUACUGAUUGCCGAAGCUGUUUCACAAUCAGACUUGAGCACCAGAGGCUCCGUUAAAAACACCCUCAGCCUCGUCAGUUCUGGACUAGGAAUCAAUAUUAACUUCGUCGAAUCCAGUGCAGUCGACAAACCAGCCUACUCAGCCGAGUACCUCAGAAAAUUGGACUGUCAGUUGGGCAAUUUGAAGAUCGCCAACGAAUUCUCAUGGAAGAUAUCCAAAACUCAAGCCAUUUUGGUGCUGAGAUUGAUCAACGUUGACAUCUUAAGGGCGACGAGCAAACUGAACAUCAACAAGGAUCAGCAAAUUAUCGACACCGAACUGGUCUCCUACGAUAACAGCCCUGUGGUUUCCCAUUUGGAAAUCAAGAACUGGAACACUUUGAAGUUUGACAUUGGUCGUAAACAUGCACCCAACAAGAAGUUAGUGUUCAGUUCCGGAUUAAUUCCUGGUCAAAUCGCCGACAUCAGAGCUGACGUCAUCACUCCAGGUGGUAAAAUCAAUUUGUGCCAUGCCAGCUUGAAAUUGGACGAAAGCAACUUCCUGAAACCCGACUACAGUGUUGACUCCAAGAAGAUUCAAGAAACUUUGCAAAAUGUCAGAGCUGACGUCACCCAAUUCGUCUCAGGAAUGCAAAAAAUAGACAAGGAAUGGGAAGGUCAAUCCAAGAAGGCACUGCAAGAAAUUACAGGCAAUCUGAAGAGUGCUUUACCCAAUGUGGCUCCACUUAAAGAAUAUUACUCCAGCGAACUGAACAAACUGAAGGAGGAAGUUGUAGCUGACAAGACCAUUAAAGACAUCAGCAACGCUUUGCAAGGCAUCUUUGGUGCUCUGGCCAAAGUAACAUCCGAAAUCUUCGUCAAAAUCAACGAAGUCAUUGAAGAAAUCGCCAAGGCUACCCAGGCCAGCUUCUCCGGAGUUCUACAGACCAUCCAAAAGGAAUUGAUCCCCAAACUCCAAGAGAUCAGCAAGCAACUUUUGAACUCAGUCGGCAAUCUCGUCAACGCUGCCGUAGACGUGUUCAUUACUGUUUUGUACAAGAUCAAUGAAAUCCUGGAGGAAUACAGACCAGAAAUCAAACAAAUUGGUGCUGCUUUGAGUGGUAUUGCCCACGAUGUUGGUAGAUUUGGAGUCAAGGCUUACGACAACGCCAAGGCUGCCCUUUGGCAACAAUGGAAAGACUUCUAUGACAAGGUUAAGGCCCUGCCCAUCUUCGAAGAAUUGAAGAGCCAAUACCAAGAAAUCGUCAAGAAUGGACUCCCACAAGCCCAAGUCAUUGUAAAUGUUUUCAAGGAAGUUCUCAACUCCAUCUAUGAAAUUUUGCCAGCCAAUUUGCAAGAAGUAAAAGUCUUCCUGACUGCCAUUGACCAAUAUCUUGAAAAGAAACUGAAGAACCAACCUGUUGAUGACCUCGCCGAACUGGAUAAGAUCUUUAACUCCUUCCUCGCAGUCAUUAAGAAGAUUGCCCAUAUUAUUUCCAGUGAUACACGUAACAUCAACAUCAACAGCCCUGAUUACGCCUUGAACUUCGACCUCCUGUCGAAACUUCCACGUUUGGCUGCAUUCAAGUUCUCACCAUUCUCUCACAUUCUCAAAGAGGAAACCCAAGGCUACGUUGACUUCUUCUUGUCUUUGGUGACCACACCAAGGAACCUCUUCGCACCAUUCCCAUUGGUAGGACUUUUGGGACAAGGUCAACAUGUCUUCACCUUUGAUGGCAGACACAUCACCUUCCCAGGCAACUGCAAAUAUCUAUUGGCCAGAGAUGCCCUUAACGGUUACUUCACUUUGGCUGGAACUUACUCCAACGGCCUCUUGUCAUCCAUUACUCUUUCCAAUGGCAAAGACCAAAUCACCAUCAAGAAGGGUGGACAAGUCGUCCUCAACAACUCCCCAUCUGACCUCCCAGUCCGCCAACCAGGCAUAGCUGCCUACAGAAACUACUACGUGAUCACACUGAGAACUGAUUCCGGAGUGGAAGUCUUCCUCAGCCCAGAUCUUACUGUGGCUGUUGUGAAACUAUCUGGAUUCUAUCAUGCACAAAUUAGAGGUCUUUUGGGUAACGGAAACAACGAUCCUUACGAUGAUUAUACCCUUCCCAACGGCAAAAUUGUGGAAUCUGGAUCUGAGUUUGGAAACUCCUACAAGAUUGGAAACUGCCCCGCCGUCAACGUGCAAGAACACUCCCACGGCCCAGACGCUCCAUCCUGCGCCAAACUUUUCUCGUGGGAUUCUUCCCUGAGAUUGGGCUACAGAUUCGUCAAGCCCGACAACUUCAAAACCGCCUGCAACCAUGGAGUAGCUGCUGGAGUUAAGGACACUGAAGUAACUAUUGCCAAACUGUACGUCACUGCUUGCCAAGACAGAAAUAUCCCUGUUAGCAUCCCGGAGGAACUAGCCAAAUGUACCAACGGUGAAGUUCACGAUGUGGGCGAGAAAUUCAGCGUCAAGCUUCCAGGAAAGGCUGCCGACGUCAUCAUCCUCGUUGACACUGUCAAGUCCAACGAAAAUAUCUACAAACAAUUGGUUCAGCCACUCAUCUCUGAAAUUUCCAAGGAACUCCACGGAAAAGCCAUUAACGACGUCGACUUCCACUUGAUCACUUACGGCGGUGACAACCAAUGGCCGUCCCACGUGACCGUCAACGGAAAGCUCCAAUUCAAGAGCAAACCACCAAACGUCAAAUUCUCCGAAAAUCCCAAACAUGACGAAAUCAACUACCACGACGAGAAGAUCAACAAGGCUGUUGGAGUGGCCGAAGACAUCAUUCGCAGCGUGAAGUUGGCCCUGGGCGUCGACCUCCAAGCUAGAACUUACCAGGAAGCCAUCGACUAUCCCUUCAGAGCCAACGCCGUCAGAUCCAUCAUCGCCGUCACCAGCGAACCGUGCCAAACGGGCAAACUCAUCCUCCUUCAAAAACUGAGGACCCUGCUGUACAGAAACAGCCAGAUCCGCCUCAACCUGAUCACCCCGUUCGAGAACCUGAUCGUGAAGGACGCGAAGAAGACCAAGGACGUGAUCGGCUUCAACAAGGCCAACGUGUUCACCCUAUCGCAGGGCAAAAAGAAGCCUGAGGGAUCGGCCGAAUUGCACAAGGAUCUGUCCUACGACGACUUCUGCGUGGACUUCACCGUCAAGAACGGAGGUAACGUGUUCGUCACCAACACCUUCCUGGCCGCCAAGGGCGAGGCCAAGACCUACAUCAACGUGGCCGCCCACAAUAUCGUCGACCAGCUGACCAACGUCGAAUCUGGUCUGGACUGCGAGUGCAAACUUACAUCGCCGUGGGGCGCCCAAAACGUUUGCUGGGAAAUCUACAGCAAAGAGAGAUCUAACAAAAAGACUGUUGCCAGGGGUUAGAAAUACGCCUACUGUCAUGACGAAGAAACUUCUAUGUUAAUCAAAUUAAUAUUAUAAAAUGUAAUGUAUGAUUUUUUUACAAAAUGGUAUUGAACUAUUGUGUAUAAAUACUUGAUAAGUUACUACUAUAUAUUAUAGGAAGUAAAUAAACAUUUUUAGAAUAAA